UUCCUGCUGUGUUGAGUUGAGUUGGCGAGGUGACGGCGGCGAUAGAGCACCGCGUCGGACAGACGAGAAAACGAGCAACAGAAUAAGCCCCAGCCUUCGACAAAGUCGUCGGUCGAUCGUUUUGUGAGUGGUGAUUAGUGCGGCUACUUACGGGGACACAAAGCGGAAAGCAGGAAAAUAUCCUCUGAGUUGGAAAAUUUUCACGCGGGCCAAAUAGGCGGCACAUGCUGAUCGGGUGACGAAGAAGCACAGUGUACUGAGCGCUCAGCAGGUCAGAAACCGGGCUUGUUGGAUAAGUGAAUGAGCGAACAGUAGUGGAAGAAGUGUCGUCGGGUGAACGUCAAAUUCCUUUCAGGUGCAAAUUUUCGAAACUUAACAGUAAUACAGAAGACGAAUGAGUAGCGUUUGUGGCGAAAACUAGUGAAGCGCGAUAAAUAGUGAUCUGCUGUAGGCAAUUGCGCCAUUGAAAGUGACGUCGUUAAGUUCCAGAAUUCAACUGGCCAAUGUACCACAAUCACCCAUCAGUAAUCGUUUAGGCUGGACCUACAACGAUCUUCCAACAAAAUCUAACAUUGUGCGUGGCCAAAACAGUCAAAGUUCCUUAAAACAGUGUCAAGUUGUUCCUUGUCUUGCUUUUUAAAACCACCAAUUCAAAAAGUGCGCGCGCAAUUAGUUACCCGUGUUGAAGAAAGAAAUUUUUGUCCGUUGGAAACGCCGGUAGAGAUCACCUACGAACCACCAUCAUGAACAAGCAAUUCCCGAAACGCGAAGAACCGCCCCAGGUCUCGGUGGCGGUCAAGCUGCUCACAGCCGGUACAGCCGCGUGCUGGGCCGAUUUCGUCACAUUCCCGCUGGACACUGCCAAAGUGCGACUGCAGGUUCAAGGUGAACAACCAGCCCGCACAGCGCCGCUAACGCAUACUGCCACCGCCAGAGGCGCCAGUGCAUAUCAGGCGUUCAAAAUGAACCCAUCGGCCAUUCCGGCCAUACCCGGUGCACAGCAUGUCCAGUACCGUGGUCUGGUGGGAACCAUCACAACCAUCACCCGACAGGAAGGCUUCCGUACACUGUAUAACGGCCUAUCGGCCGGUUUGCAGCGUCAGAUGUGUUUCUCCUCGAUACGACUGGGUCUUUACGAUACGGUCAAGGAGUUCUACGGAUCGAUCUUCCGCGAAAAUGAAGCAGGCCUUCAAAUCGUCACUCGAAUUUGCGCCGGCUUGACCACCGGUGGCCUAGCGGUGGCGCUAGCCCACCCUACCGAUGUGGUCAAGGUGCGCUUCCAGGCGGCUUCCAGCUCGAACAGCAAUCGUCGGUAUACUUCCACGCUGCAAGCGUACCGGACGAUCCACCGCGAGGAAGGUGUCCGAGGUCUGUGGAAGGGAGCGGUGCCCAACAUUGGCCGCAACGCCAUCGUCAACGUGUCGGAAAUUGUGUGCUACGACGUGGUCAAGGAUUGCCUCCAGCGGUACGCACACAUUCCGAACGACAUUCGGUUACAUUUUAGCUCGGCCGUUGUUGCCGGAUUGGCCGCUACCGUGGUGGCCUCGCCCGUCGAUGUGGUGAAGACGAGGUACAUGAACUCACCGAAGGGCCAGUACCAGGGUGCGCUCGAUUGUGCCAUUAAGAUGGCGCGCAUGGAAGGAGCCGCGGCUUUCUACAAAGGAUUCGUGCCAUCGUUUGCCCGGCUCGUCUCGUGGAACGUUGUCAUGUGGAUAACGUACGAGCAGUUGAAGCUGAUUGUGUUUAAAUCUUAGGUGCUUGUUUUAUUUGUCUGUUUCAAUGUGUCGGACAUGUUAUUUUUACAAUUUUAUAUAGACUGCAGAUUUCGAGAAUAGUUUAUUUUUUUUAGAUUUUAUAACUAUGGAGAAUAUUGUGAUGUAAGAACGAAGAACAACAAACGAAUAUUGUGAACGUAGAU